GUCAGAUGAUUGGUCACAGAUUAAGCACAUGGCUAUAAAAGGAAUCCAAGAUGGCUGCCAGGCACUGAACUUUUUAUUUCUUCGCUGUUUUCAUUGUUGUCUGAAUGUGUUUCGUUGUUUGUCGUUUGCGGGGUUGGGAAACUUGCCAAGUUCUGUUUUCAUGUUGUUGUUGUUUUGUUUAUUUUUUUUUCUUUAGCGUUUUGUGUCUUGGUUUAGUCAUGUUUCCUGUAAGAACUCAGGAGUUAGUUCUGUAUUUAGCAUUUGUCCACUCGGAUGGUGAAUCUUACUUUUCAAAUGUUAUUCACCUGAAAGGCUUGUUUUAAAAGUGUUUUAUUUCAAACGAAAAGGAGGAAUUGUUGUUGUAUAAAUUGAUCCGUUGUUACUAAAGAGACGUUUGUACAUGAGCACUUAACACCGUUUUUUAUGUUGUCGAAAAACGGGGAAUUCGGUACAGGUGUGUGUGGGGCGCCAGCGCCGCCCACUUCCACUCUAGGAACAUGCAUUUUAGUGAGAUGGAGCUGGAUCAGCUGGGAUUUUCUUAGGAGAUCAAACAAUAAUGUUUGGGAUUUUGGAAGUGGACACUACAAACUGCUGUGGUAAUGACAAAAUAAACAAAUCUGGGUCCCUGAGCCAGCAUAUAGUGCCUCCCUCGAGAGAACAUGCAGGUUCGUUUCUGCUUUCUUUAGCAAUAAAUCCAAACUCUAUAUGGAACACUGCCCCACCUCCACUUCAGGUGAUAAGCGCAUGUAAUCAAACAGAAGCCUUUUAAACUUGAUGUAGCAGCGCCCUGCUCUGGAAUUUGCGUGCAUUACAAUAUUAAAUAGUCGCUCCCCUUUCUGGGAGAAAUCAGUCGUUACCGUUGUUGUUGUCGCUGUUAUUUUUUCUAAAACCUUAUGUUUAUAAAAUUGGGGAUGUUAGCAUUGUCUGAGUAAUUGCAGUAAUUACACAACAUACAAAUCCAUAUCCUCCGAGAAGCUACUGCAGGACAGAGAGGUGUUGCUGGGGGGUUGGUCAGAAAAGUUGCAGAUCAGGAGUAGGAGGAAUGACUCCAACAGUUGAUUCAGGCAAGGACAGUUUGUUUAUCAAGCACAUCUCAAACAACAGUCACUUCACAGCAUCAUGAGUGCAGCUUAACCUUUGAGGUGUUUGUAGUUUUAAAAGAAUAUGCUGAAUAAAGUCUGAAGCAGUAAAGUAGGAGGGAACUGGUCAUUGAUGUCUGUUUUAGUUUAUGGCAGAAGAAACAGUUUCUUCAAUAAAGCCAAGACAGUCUUUCUUGAGCUGGAUAACAGAGAACAUUAACUGAAUGUUUUAACUGAAGAAAACUUAAUGUAACUUAGUCCCAAAAAGGGUCAGUUAUGUGGUAGAACAGAUAGAUGGACAAAUGGUCCAAAUAUGGAAAUUUGGUUACAAUUACAGAUUCAUAUAACAAUGUAAUUUGAAAUUUGUCAUGUUAGAACAACUGUUUCUAAGAAUACGGGAAAAAGUUGCUAAUGACUAAAUUGUGCUGGUCAAACAGUAGUAUGAAACAUGUUAUUUACAGAACAUAUUUUUGCAUAUAAAUGUUAGGGGAUUACAAGAAAACAACAUCCAGACACGUAACGUUGUUAUCGUUACUAAAUCAGUGUUUCAUUCUGUCGUCAAUCGUUUGAUCGCUUCGGGCAACUUUAAACAAAGCCCUCCGUGGUCUACGUGUGAUACGUGUCAGUAUCCAGAGGUAUGCGAAUGAAUGACUCCUUCCAGAAGCCCUUUGUUAUUUUUCUCCAAAAUGCGAACGUCUUUUUUCGCCGUUUAAACCGUUUACUCAACUAUCCUACAUUGGCGGUGCCAUCUUAUGUACAUAAUGAAUCAGUUAAAAUGUUUAUUCUUUUGUCUAUAUUUUUAUUCUAAGUUGUCAAAAUUUGUGGAAAACUCCAGAACUCGAAAACUCAUGGGGGUUGGAUUUCCUCUACUCCAUCAGAGACCAAAAAUGUUGCCAGGCAGAGUGAAACGCUGAGGACGUGUGCUCCAAGCUCAUUGGUUGAUAAAACGAAUGGGCGGCGCACGUUGCUUUAGGUAUUUAAAGCUUUGUCCUGCUUGUGACGGUAGUUUUCCAGCUGGUCUGGCUUUCGGGGGUUGACACAGGGGUCUGACUUCUGCACUUAUUUCAUUUUUUUUAUACCAUUCUUCCAUACAACCAUAUUACUUAACUGUUGGAGAAGAUGUCUUUUUCUCGCAGUCAAUCCCUGGACGGCAGCUUUCCUCCGUCUCCAGUAGAGGACAGGAGCUCGAAGAGACUGUCCUGGGGCAGCCUGCUGCUCAGGCUAACUGAACUGAAAAAGACCAAUCAGAGGGUCGCAGCAGAUCAGAACUGCAGGAGUGAGACUGGGUCUCCUGCAGAUACGUCUCUAUCAGAAUUUGACAACAGCAUUUUCUCUGAACCCCUGGAGGAGACCCUGGCCGCAGAAAUCACAGAGACCAUCACUGAAAGCCUCAGGAAUGCGUCCCACAACCUGGGCUGCUCCAGACUGCUCCUACCUGACUGUCUCCAGUACAGUAUAAGUCAGGAGCUGCUCCAUCUGUCUUCGUGUGAGCCCUGUGGGCUUAAGGGAGCGCUGAUUGACCUGUGUAUAGACCGGGGGGACCAGGACUCACUAUGUAAUGUGGAGCAAAUAGUGGUAGAUGCCUCCCUGGUCCCCACUUUUCACGUAACUCUUGUGCUGCGUCUUGAAGCUGGUGGACUGUGGCCAAAGGUCCAAAAGCUCUUCAAAGGGAGCAGAUCUCCACAGAGGUCUGGAACAUCUCCGAGGCACCGAAGCAUUCAGAGGCUCAGUACAAGCUUCAGGGCCAUCAAAAGAAAACUGUACUCCUCAGAGGACCUGUUGAUUAAGGAGUGUUGUUGACCAAAUACUCCUGGAGCCCAAUUUCAUGUUGAUCAUGGAAAAAUAAGUGACACAAGUGGAACUGAUUUGCUGCCCCAGAAACUAAACUUAUUGUACACGUCUGUGUUAUUCUCAGGAAUCUUCUCAUGGCUGCUAUUCAACCAAAGAGAAUGAUGUAUUAACAGGGAAAGUCUGUGAAUUUUAAGUAACACCAGGAAGGUGUGAAGAAUGUGUUUGCGAAUGCUGUCAACCAGAAACUCAUUUUGUUACUAAAAACUUGAGGGAUGCGAAUAAAUUAUUUUUUAUUAAA